GUAACGGCGUUUGCUUCCCAGGUGAAGAGGUUUGACCAGCCCGACGGCAGCAGGCGGCGCCCGGGCUCCGCUGGAGGCUGAGGUUUGGGGGAGUCACCGCCCGCUCAGCCCAGCCCCGCCCCGCCCGCCGGGCCGCUUCCUCCUUCGGGCCAGGCGGGGUCCGCCCAGCUUCCCGCCGGCCCCGCCGCUCGCUCCGCGGGCAGCCCCGGCCGCGCCAUGUCCGCGGGCUGGUUCCGCCGCCGCUUCCUGCCCGGGGGCCCCGGCGGCCCGCUCCCCGCGGCCCCGCGCUCGCCCCGGCCGCGCGCCAGCCCCGUGCCCUACCGGCGGCCCCGCUUCCUGCGCGGCUCGGCCUCUGGCCCCGCCGCCCCCGACGGCCCGCGCCGCCCGGACGCCCGGCCCGUGCGCUGCCCCGCGCGCGGCCGCGCGCUGCCCUGGAACGCGGGCUACGCCGAGAUCAUCAAUGCAGAGAAAUCUGAGUUCAAUGAGGAUCAGGCCGCCUGUGGGAAGCUGAGCAUCCGGAGGUGUGAGUUUGGGCCUGAAGAGGACCAGGAGUGGUUGACCUUGUGCCCAGAGGAGUUCCUGACCGGCCAUUACUGGGCACUGUUUGAUGGGCACGGCGGUCCGGCUGCAGCCAUCCUGGCUGCCAACACCCUGCACUCCUGCCUGCGCCGGCAGCUGGAGGCCAUAGGAGAGGGCAUGGUGGCCACUCCACCCCCCAUGCACCUCAGCGGCCGUUGUGUCUGCCCCAGUGACCCCCAGUUUGUUGAGGAAAAGGGCAUUAGGACAGAAGACUUGGUGAUCGGGGCUCUGGAGAACGCCUUCCAGGAAUGUGAUGAGGUGAUCCGGCGGGAGCUGGAGGCCUCAGGCCAAGUGGGUGGCUGCACAGCCCUGGUGGCUGUGUCGCUGAAGGGGAAGCUGUAUGUGGCCAACGCCGGAGACAGCAGAGCCAUCUUGGUGCGGAGAGAUGAGGUACAGCCUCUGAGCUCUGAGUUUACCCCGGAGACUGAGCGACAACGGAUCCAGCAAUUGGCCUUUGUCUACCCUGAGCUUCUGGCUGAUGAGUUCACCCGACUGGAGUUCCCUCGGCGUCUGAAGGGGGAUGACUUGGGGCAGAAAGUUUUGUUCAGGGAUUACUACAUGAGUGGCUGGCUCGGUUACUGGGAACACUGGCCGUCUCCCGGGGCCUGGGAGACCAUCAGCUCAGAGUCCUGGACACAAACAUUCAUCUCAAGCCCUUCUUGCUCUCUGUCCCACAGGCUUAACUUGCAGGUGACAGUGCUGGAUUUGGACCAGUUGGAGCUGCAGGAGGAGGAUGUGGUUGUCAUGGCAACUGAUGGGCUCUGGGAUGUCCUGUCCAAUGAGCAGGUGGCACAGCUAGUGCGGAGCUUCCUCCCUGGCAAUCGAGAGGACCCACACAGGUUCUCGGAGCUGGCCAAAAUGCUGAUACACAGCACACAGGCGAAGGACGGCAGUCCCACAGGGGAAGAGCAGGUGUCCUACGAUGACGUCUCCGUGUUCGUGAUUCCCUUGUACAGCCAGAGCCAAGGGAGCAGUGGCCACUGAGGAUUCAGACGCCACAUCCCAGAACCAUUCAGGCCAGGUGCAGUGUGGCUGUUGUCAACAGCACACCUGCCUGCCUGCCCCCAGACACAACCCAGGGCUCUUGCCCCCCACUCCAACCCAUCCCAAGGGACUUAUUUAUACCAGGCAGUCAGAACUGGAGAGUGCUCCUCCCUUUGGCAGGCAGUUGGAGAACAAAAAAGGGCAAGGAGUCCCAGUUGGCCGAGUGGGGAAUUCCCUCCAAUGACUGCUCCUGCCUCUGGGCUAGCAUCUCAAUUGCUCCUGCCAGGCCCCAGCCCCACCCCAGGCUGAUGCCCCAAUAAUGCCUCUCUAUUGUUGCUCCCCAUUACCUCCCCAUGAUUAAAUGUUUGUGUGCAGAAAA